AUGGCAUUGGGGAACAUUAUGGUACAACGUCCUGUGCCUGCAGGGAAAAUCAUAACCGAACCAUAUCGUGAGACCAGAAGGAUGAGUUGUAGUUAUCUGCUGUGUACCAUCCUGCUCUUCGUGGCCGUUCUGCUCGCAGUCACAGUGACAGGAACCAUUCUUCUUAUGAACCACUACCAGGCUCCCCCCAUGUCGGACGGCCCGCCCCAUAUUAGCACCAAUCAGGACGAAGCCAAUGCACUGGUGACAGUCGAGAGGGGUGAUGGAUCACGCAUCAAUAUCUUCAUCGACCCCAACUGUCCUGAUUAUAACAGUAACUUCCUGCGGCUGGAAGGCGUGCAGACAUCUUUGCUGCACUCCUCACUUGACCACGAUACGGAUCUCAAGUCUGUCAAAGGUCAGGAUCGAGCGCUAUUGGUCAACUUGGCAGAGGAAGUUGCUAAGCUGUCUGCUCAUGCGGGUCAGCUGAAGAUGGACUAUGAAUCUCUCAGAAGAGGACAAAGCAACCUGGGACAGGACCUGAAUACACUGCAGACCGAACAAAGCAGACUUAUACAGCUGCUAUCCGAGAGCCAUUACAUGGUGAAGGUUGUACAACUCUGGAGUGAUGCGCUGAACGCCAUGCAGAAGGAAACAGGAGGCUUGAAGGCCAGGGUGAAGGCUGACCUGCAGAGGGCGCCAUCCAGAGGAGUGCGCCUUAAAGGCUGUGCUAAUGGCUCUCGUCCGCGGGACUGCAGUGAUAUAAUGCUAGUGGGUCAGAGGGAAGAUGGCAUCUACUCUGUUUUUCCCACUCAUUACCCUGCCGGCUUUUCAGGUCUACUGGUGAAUAUGAGCACAGAUGGAGGGGGGCAAACAGUGAUUCAGCGGAGGGAAGAUGGGUCUGUGAACUUCUUCAGGGAGUGGGACUCGUAUAGGGAAGGAUUUGGCAAAAUCACUGGAGAAUACUGGCUUGGGUUAAAACAGAUCCAUGCUCUCUCUAUCCAAGGAAACUAUGAACUGCGCAUUGACCUGGAAGACUUUGAGAACAGCACAGCUUUUGCACAGUAUGGUGUGUUUGGAGUUGGGCUGUUCUCUGUUGAUCCUGAGGAUGACGGUUACCCCCUAACCAUUGCUGAUUAUACCGGCACUGCAGGCGAUUCGUUACUAAAGCAUAACGGAAUGAAGUUCACAACAAAAGACAGAGACAACGAUCAUUCAGAGAAUAACUGUGCUUCUUUCUACCAUGGUGCUUGGUGGUACCGCAACUGCCACACCUCCAACCUGAACGGGCAAUACCUGCGCGGGCAGCACACCUCUUAUGCCGACGGCAUCGAGUGGUCGUCCUGGACCGGCUGGCAGUACUCACUAAAAUUCACAGAAAUGAAGAUUCGACCAACACGCGAUGAGAGAGAGACCAAGUAAAUGUGUCGGAAUUAAUAUUUAAUUUUCAAGGCAGUGAAAAAAGUACAAAUAAUUGUUUUAAAGACUUCUAUAUGGGACUUACAAUGUGAAAAACAACAUGAACAUUUGUUGUUGCUGAUCUGAAAGAGAGUUUUCUGUUGUCCUGUUUAUUAAUUUGGCAGAAAAGUCACACUAUCGUGUGGCCUUUCUGUAACUUCUGCCCUCCAUAUGACAAUCUCUUCAUCAUCAGGCCUUGACGUCUCUUUACUCCCCAACUGUGGGAUCUCAACUACAGUGAGUCACACUUCGGUUCUGAUGGAAAUGACACUGAGUCCAGCGUACUCAGCCACUGGUUAGGGAAUUCAUUAUGAGGAGACCAUGUACGACAGUGAAAUAUUGGAAUGGUUCCUUCUGUCAGCAUUCUCCCUCAUAUUACACAAUUAAUACUUUGAACACACAAGCCAAGGCCAAAUCUCCACUUAGUUUUCAUGUUUCAAGAAGAAAGCUGGAAUAAAAGGAGAAAGUGUGUAAAAUGGGGAGGGGAAUGAAAGCGAGAGGCAGUCUGGGAGGAGAUCAGUGCAAAGGUUUCUGUGGGAGUUUGUCUCUCAUCUGUCUGACAGGCCAUUAGUGAGCAUAUUGGCCACUUUGUUUGAUCGCCAUUGCCAAGUGAUCAUCAGCCAGACUCUUCAUCUCGCACAAACGCAGAUGGAGGCUGUUUAUGUGUGUGUGUGUGAGUGAGUGAGAUGAAAGGGAAAUGUGGUAUUGUCUCGUCUUUUUCCCGAGUGUGCAAUUCUGACUCAGCACAAGUUUUAGUGUGUUUUGGGGAAUCUCUUUUUCAGCCCGUCUAGUGUGUUUACUUAGCACUCAUAUACAUGUCAUUGUUCACGCAUGCCUUCAGACCCUGUGUCGUAAUGCUAAUUUAAAUGAGCCGUCCUGCCCUGUUUUAUGUGCGAACGCUAACAUGUAUAUCAGCACAUUCACUGCCGUCGCUCUCUCUCUCUCUCUAGUUCACUCUCCAAAGGUCAGACAUCUAGAAUGAGAAUUCCGCUCUUCUUCCCCCUUAUGUUCAAGCAUCUCCCUUCAUCUCUUGCCCUUUCUUUUUUCCCCUCCUGGUCUUCUUCUCAUUUGUUCUCACCUCUCACUCCUUUGGUUUGUUUUCUUUGCUCUCCUGAGGAAGUGGAAAAGGUCAACGUGUCAUUUAGUACAAUUACGGCAG